ACCAAAACAACGAAAGCUAGCGCUAAACAAUUGCAUAUUAUUUUUUUUUAGUGUUUUAUUAAAAGUGCUGAGUUGUACUUAUGGCUGCUGCUACAGCAGAAGAGGAGCCCGCAGCCAAAGCGCCUCCCAUAAAUGAGGAAGAUCCUCUAGCUGAAGAGCGCAUGGGCUUUGUGCGAGAAGUUGGUUCACAAGCGGUCUGGAGCUUGUCCUCAUGCAAGCCAGGUUUUGGCGUUGAACGUCUACGCGACAAUAUAAUGGAUACCUACUGGCAAUCGGACGGGCAGCUGCCGCAUUUGGUUAACAUACAAUUCCACAAACGCACCAACAUCAGUCAGAUAUACAUAUACACCGACUACAAGCUCGAUGAGAGCUACACACCUUCGCGCAUCUCUAUACGGUCGGGCACAAAUUUCAAUGAUCUACAGGAACUACAGGUAAUUGACCUGACAGAGCCAAACGGCUGGGUGCAGAUCCCCAUCAAAGAUGGCAAUGUAAAGUCUAUACGCACCUUUAUGCUGCAAAUCGCGGUUAUAUCGAAUCAUCAAAACGGACGCGAUACUCAUAUGCGUCAAAUACGAGUGCAUGCACCUUGCAGUGGCGAGGGCAAGCAUUAUCCUCUGGAGCUUUUUGGCAAAUUUGCCACAGUGGACUUUCAAAAGUUUGCUACCAUACGUUGAUACUCAUUCUAUACAUCAUAAAUUAUUUUAAACUAUGCGCUCUGUAUAUUUGGCUGAAUGAAAUACAAGUAUUCUAUUU